GGCGGCGCAGGCUCGGGCGGGUCCCCGGUGCGCGCAGCGGGCUCGGCUCCCUCCCCGGCCUCGGUCCCUGAGACCCCCCGCCCGCCCCGCCCCGGCCCCCGGCGGCCCCGGCCCCCCGCGGCCCCGCCAUGAUCCUGCUCGAGGUCAACAACCGCAUCAUCGAGGAGACGCUGGCGCUCAAGUUCGAGGGCGCGGCCGCCGGGAACAAACCAGAGGCAGUAGAAGUAACAUUUGCAGAUUUCGAUGGAGUCCUUUAUCAUAUUUCCAACCCCAAUGGAGACAAGACAAAAGUGAUGAUCAGUAUUUCUCUGAAAUUCUACAAAGAGCUACAGGAGCAUGGUGCAGAUGAGUUAUUGAAGAGAGUGUAUGGAAACUUCUUGGUAAAUCCAGAAGCAGGUUACAAUGUCUCUUUGCUAUAUGACCUGGAGAACCUUCCUGCAGCCAAGGAUUCCAUUGUGCACCAAGCUGGCAUGCUGAAGCGGAAUUGCUUUGCCUCUGUCUUCGAGAAGUAUUUCAAAUGCCAGGAAGAGGGGAAGGAUGGGGAGAAGAGAGCUGUCAUCCAUUACAGGGACGAUGAGACGAUGUACGUUGAAUCAAAGAAGGACCGCGUUACGGUUGUGUUCAGCACAGUAUUUAAGGAUGACGAUGACGUGGUGAUUGGAAAGGUGUUCAUGCAGGAAUUUAAGGAAGGCCGCCGUGCCAGUCACACAGCUCCACAGGUGCUCUUCAGCCACAGGGAGCCCCCCCUUGAACUGAAAGACACGGACGCAGCAGUAGGUGACAACAUUGGCUACAUCACCUUUGUGCUGUUCCCCCGCCACACCAACCCCGCUGCCAGGGACAACACCAUCAACCUGAUCCACACGUUCCGGGACUACCUGCACUAUCAUAUCAAAUGCUCCAAGGCCUAUAUUCACACGCGUAUGAGGGCAAAAACGUCAGAUUUCCUCAAGGUGCUGAACCGUGCCCGUCCAGACGCGGAGAAGAAGGAAAUGAAAACAAUCACGGGGAAGACGUUCGCAUCCCGUUAACGCAUGGGGUGUGGCGGAGGCCGCCGCUGAAGUCAGAAGGCUGGAGCACUUGCUACUUGAUAAUCGUAGCUUUUAAUGUUGCACCUCUCUGGGCUCUUAAGGAAUACAACCAAUCGGGUUCUGUUUUGUACAAGUUUGGGAAGUAAUCUGCGGAAACGAGCUGUGCUUGCAAGGACUUACUAGUUCAAAAAAACAAACAAAAAAACAACCACCUUAAUUCCAUUUUGAUCAGUUUAAUUUCUUUUCUUUUUCUUUUUUUUUCCAAGCUGUUUUGCUUUGCAAUAUGUUUCUGGUAAUGAGUUGCAGUAUUUCUUAUGAGAAUAAUGCAAUAUUAACUUGUUUUCUUCUGAGUAUUUGAGUUCAAAACUCCUGUAUCUGAAGAAAUACUGUUGGGGUUCAUUAAUAAAGGAGAUCUUUCUAUCUUAA